ACCGCGGGAGGCGCAGUCGGCUGCGUCCAGGCUCGCGCCGGCGCGGGCCAAGGCUCCAAAUUGGGCAAGCGGUGGCCGCAGCUCUGCGCAUGUGCAGGAGGCGCUAGAGUUUCACUUUGUAACUUUUAAGUGGUCGGAACACGCCCUGCGCCGCUGGGUCCCGCCAGACACGCCGCCGCCGCAGGGAAGACAGGCACGAUGACGGACUCCCCAUUCCUGGAGCUGUGGCAGUCCAAGGCGGUGUCCAUCAGGGAGCAGCUGGGCCUCGGGGACCGGCCCAACGACUCCUAUUGCUACAACUCGGCCAAAAACAGCACCGUGCUCCAGGGGGUCACCUUUGGUGGCAUCCCCACUGUCCUGCUCAUAGACGUCAGCUGCUUCCUGUUCUUAAUCUUGGUGUUUUCUAUUAUAAGAAGAAGAUUCUGGGACUAUGGCCGCAUUGCCCUGGUGUCAGAAGCAGACAGCGAGUCCAGAUUUCAGAGAUUGUCAUCGACUUCCUCCUCAGGUCAACAAGACUUUGAAAAUGAGUUGGGAUGCUGUCCCUGGCUGACUGCCAUCUUCCGUCUGCAUGAUGACCAGAUCCUGGAAUGGUGUGGGGAGGAUGCCAUCCACUACCUGUCCUUCCAGAGGCACAUCAUCUUCCUGCUGGUGGUGGUCAGCAUUUUGUCCCUGUGUGUCAUCCUGCCUGUCAACCUCUCAGGGGACUUGCUGGACAAAGACCCGUACAGUUUUGGGAGGACGACAAUAGCAAACCUACAGACUGACAAUGACCUCCUUUGGCUGCACACCAUCUUUGCCGUCAUUUACCUCUUCCUCACCGUGGGUUUCAUGCGGCACCACACUCAGUCCAUUAAGUACAAAGAGGAGAACCUGGUGAGGCGGACCCUGUUCAUCACAGGACUCCCCAGAGAUGCCAGGAAGGAGACUGUGGAGAGCCACUUCCGGGACGCGUAUCCCACGUGUGAGGUGGUUGAUGUCCAGCUGUGCUACAACGUGGCCAAACUGAUCUACCUGUGCAAGGAGAGAAAGAAGACUGAGAAGAGCCUGACCUAUUACACAAACCUGCAGGUGAAGACAGGCCAGCGGACCCUCAUCAACCCCAAGCCAUGUGGCCAGUUUUGCUGCUGCGAAGUGCAGGGCUGUGAGUGGGAAGACGCCAUCUCUUACUACACACGGAUGAAGGAUAGGCUGCUGGAGAGGAUCACAGAGGAAGAACGCCACGUCCAGGACCAGCCCCUGGGAAUGGCCUUCGUCACCUUCCAGGAGAAGUCCAUGGCCACCUACAUCCUGAAAGAUUUCAACGCCUGCAAGUGUCAGAGCCUUCAGUGCAAAGGUGAGCCCCAGCCGUCCUCCCAUAGCAGGGAGCUCUAUACCUCCAAGUGGACAGUCACCUUUGCCGCUGACCCUGAGGACAUCUGCUGGAAGAACCUCUCUAUCCAGGGCCUCCGCUGGUGGCUACAGUGGCUGGGCAUCAACUUCACCCUCUUCUUGGGGCUGUUUUUCCUGACCACACCCUCCAUCAUCCUGUCCACCAUGGACAAGUUUAAUGUCACCAAACCCAUCCACGCGCUGAAUAACCCGAUCAUCAGCCAGUUCUUCCCCACCCUCCUGCUCUGGUCCUUCUCGGCCCUGCUGCCCUCCAUUGUCUACUACUCUACACUGCUGGAGUCUCACUGGACCAAGUCGGGGGAAAACCAGAUCAUGAUGACCAAAGUCUACAUAUUCUUGAUCUUCAUGGUGCUGAUCCUGCCCUCCCUGGGUCUCACCAGUCUAGAUUUUUUCUUCCGGUGGCUCUUUGACAAAACUUCCUCGGAGGCCUCCAUCAGGUUGGAGUGCGUCUUCCUGCCUGACCAGGGCGCCUUCUUUGUGAACUAUGUCAUCGCCUCGGCCUUCAUCGGCAACGGCAUGGAGCUGCUGCGGCUUCCAGGCCUCAUCCUCUAUACCUUCCGCAUGAUCAUGGCCAAGACGGCUGCCGACCGCAGGAAUGUCAAGCAGAACCAGGCCUUCCAGUACGAGUUUGGAGCCAUGUAUGCGUGGACGCUGUGUGUCUUCACUGUCAUCAUGGCCUACAGCAUCACUUGUCCCAUCAUCGCGCCAUUUGGCCUCAUCUACAUCCUGCUCAAGCACAUGGUGGACCGGCACAACCUCUACUUCGUCUGCCUCCCAGCCAAGCUGGAGAAGGGGAUCCACUUUGCCGCUGUGAACCAGGCCUUGGCAGCCCCCAUCCUGUGCCUCUUCUGGCUCUACUUCUUUUCCUUCCUGCGCCUGGGUAUGAAGGCCCCCGCCACUCUAUUCACCUUCCUGGUGGUGCUGCUCACCAUCCUGGUCUGCCUGGCUCACACCUGCUUUGGAUGCUUCAAGCACCUCAGCCCUCUGAACUACAAAACAGAAGAGCCUGCAAGUGACAAAGGAAGUGAGGCAGAGGCCCACAUGCCCCCACCGUUCACACCCUACGUGCCUCGGAUUCUGAACGGCUUGGCCUCGGAGAGGACAGCACUGUCUCCGCAGCAGCAGCAGCAGCAGACCUAUGGUGCCAUCCACAACAUCAGUGGGACUAUCCCUGGACAGUGCUUGGUGCAGAGCGCCACGGGCAGUGUGGCUGCUGCCCCCCAGGAGGCCUGAGGCCGGGUCUCACUGCUCUGAAAAGACACAACCAGAAUGGCCUGGGGCUCAGGCCCUUGGCUGAGUGGGAAUGUGUUGCGACUGCCCAGCUGAGCCAUCAGGUGCCCAUCUAUCUUUUCUGGUCCCAGCAGUGGUGAGGGGAGCACAGGCGGGCCUCGACCCUCCCUUGCUCGCCCAGUUUCCUCUCCGGCACAAGCUUCCAGCUCUGCAGCUGGGGUGACAUCCCCAGUGGUUUGUCGCCAAGACCAUGUGGUGGACUUUUUGCCCCCCAAACUGAUGAGUCCGGGAGAAUAUAUGGAGAGAGAGAGAUGUAACAAGGGGAAGGCCUCCUCCCUUCUGAGCACACACACAACCGAUAACCAAAGAGACGCUGCAGUCCAGGUCUGAGGUCCGGCUGGCGUCCAGCUCCCCGCUCCAAGGCCAGUCCCUCCCCAGCCCGGCAGCCCCUCCAGGCUGCACCCAGGAGUGAGCUUUGGGGAGCAGGUUGGGAGGUGGCCAGUGCUCCUGCCAGCUGUGCACACAUCUCUGUAUCCCACUAGAGUUCUGUGGUUUUGUAUCAUGUUGUCAGGGACACUGGCUGGGUCAGGGUUACCCCAUAGCAGGCAGGGACAGGGACCACUCAUAAUAUGCCCAUUGGACCACAGUUAAGAUCCAGCCUCUCCCACCUCUUCAGGGCUGAGUGCAUGAGUCUGCACCUCCAGGCAGGCUCUGUGCAGUACUCACCACCCUCCGUCUGCUCCCUCCAAGGUGUGGGAUGGGCAGUGCUCAGGGCCUCCUUGGAGCCAAAGGACAGCAUGAUUGGCACAGAGGAAGGGGUACCUGGGCUGGGUGCAGGGCCAUCCCAUUGCCCUUGAGCUGUGGCUCUGGCAGGAAGGAGGGGCUGUUCCUCUUCUCCCUCCUGGGGAUUCUGGGGAAUCCAUGCAACUCAAGACUUCUCCCUGAGAAGCCUCCCUGCUGCCUCCAGGGGGCACCAAGGCACAAGCCUGUGCAGUUGGGGCAGGACGGGGGUGCGGAAGAGCAGGUCCAGGCUCCUUCCAGCACAACUGGGCCGGGGCCUUGGCACCUCUGCAGGCCCUGCCUGUGCCUGUCUGCUGGCCUGGUGGGCCUGGGCUUUCUGGGCCUUCUCACUCAGGGACACUCUUGACGCUGACUUGCCCCUGCAGUGGCGGCCAGUGCUGCCUCUGCUCCAAGCUGCCCCUGCGCUGGGAGGGGUGGGGGCGGUGCCAUUGGUCUAGUGCAGCCUAGCCCUGGCCAGUGGCCUCAUCCCCAGCAGUCCUCCCAUGCCUCUGCCAGCAAGGAGGGGCCGGCCAGCUCUGCUUGGACAGGGGGCCCCAUGUGGGAUCAGCGCACGCUCAUGUCACUGGGUUCCAGCCGCUGUUAGAAGUCAAGUCAUUUAUCACCAAGGCCAUGUUGCUUACCACAUGGAGUUGGGAGUUGGGGGUUGGGGAGUGAGCUUGGAGGGGUGAGGGGAUGAGCGUGGGCUCCCAGCAUGGGCAGAGGACGGAGGCAAACUCAUUCCUCAGAAAAGGGGUAUUUUCCCCAAGAAAAGCCUGGAGGGCACUUGUGGGGGAGGUGGCGGGCUGGGGGAGAGGGGUGGGUCACUGCCGCUCCAGCAGGGACAGGAACUUGCGGAUGUCCUGGGCGAGCAGCUCCGGCUCCUCCAAGGCCGCAAAGUGGCCCCCACGAACCAUGUAGGAAUAGGAGAUGAGCUUUGGGUACUUGAACCUCACCCACUUUUCAGGCGCGUGCAGUAGCUCAGAAGGGAAGGCAGAGAAGCCAGUGGGCACGUAGACCUUCAUCCUGGAAGCGAAAGAGCCAACAGAAGGGUGAGGCUGUGGCCCUGUGCCCCUCUGUCCUGCACAACAGGGGGUUCAAGCACCUGGGGGUGAGAUCAGCUGGCCCACCCACAAGGAGCCAUAAAGAAAAGCACAAAUCCAGGGUCUCAACCGCCCUCCCCUCACUAAGGGCCCUCUCUUUUCUGGGAGGGCCACCCAGGCAGGGGCAUGGGACAGCCUCUACAUCCCCACCUUUGAGGGUCUCCAUGUGAGACUUGGAAAUCCCAGAACCAUCAGUGCCACUCCAGACCAGCAUCCUAGACUGGGGAGCGGUACUGAGGCUGCCCGGGAGCCAGGCAUGUGGUCCCUCCAUCAGGGCUUUCUCCAAACACCUCAACCUUUAGUGUUCCCAUCCAAGGGCCGCUGGGGCUCAGCCAGGCUCACCGCUCAUGCUUCUGGGUCAUCCAGCCCUGUCCCAGGUUCUCCUUGUAGAAGCGCUGGGAGGAGACGAUGGUUCCUGUUGUCCAGUAGAGCAUGACGUUGGUCAGCAGGUCGUCCAGGGAGAACUUCCUGGGAACGCAGAACACAAAGCCCCACUCUCAGUGCCAGAUGUAGUUGUGUGACAAAGGGCAGCCAGAAAGUCCUACAAAUGCCAGGCCUUGCCCAUGCGGCUUCCCUCCUCAGACCUCAUGCAAGGUGUGUGGCAUCCUCAUGUCACAGGCAGGCUGCACCCAGGGCACCAGACUGGAGUGCAUGGAUUUAGUUGAAGUGUCUCUUAUCACCCCAAGGUCGUCCCCCCACCCACCUUGCCUCUACACACCUGUCCCCUCUCUCCUGCCCCUGACCUCUCCUCCCUCCCCUCAACCCCUGCACCGUGAAACUGCUCAGGGCACCAGCUACUGUGGUGAGCACAUAGCAGGCAGCGUGUUCUAAGCUCCUUACCUUCUUUUAAUUCAUGUUUUCCUCUCAACAGCCUAUGGGACAUAGGUACUAUUAUCUCCAUUUUACUUAUUAAGUGGAGAAUCCAAACCUAGGCAGCUUGGGUCCAGGAUGGACACUCCACAGCCCCCACCUGACCUUCCACUUUCCCCAGAGCAGGCGCUCCCAACCCUACCUUCCUCACUCAAACCCUGAAUUUCUAGCAACAGCAGCAGGGAGCAGGGACAGAGAUAAAGGGAACAGCCUUUUCAAUGUGAUUUUGGUGGCAAAAUGAAAAUUGGUCAAUGAAAACUAGUUCCAGUACACACGUCACCUCUGUGAACUGGAUUUCUGCAAGUUGGCCAAGUGCUUCCAUCUCCCUUUCGGCUCUGCCCGCAGCUUGAAAACGACCACGACCACCCUUUCCACCCUAGUGUGUUCCUAUUCUUUCUGGAACACAGAUCCGAUCCUGUCUGCCUCCUGCUCAGGGCUUUGGUGCUCCCUGUAACCCGGGGCCAGAGCUGCAGGAGUGGCCUAGUGGGAUAGUCUGGUGGGGCCUCACAUCUGGCUCCAGGUAUCCGUGUGCAAGGAGCAGGCCAGACCCCUUGCCAAGGUGGUCCUGCGGGAGCUCCAUCGACCCCUGUGUCCUGCUGAAUGUAGGGCAGGGGAAACGGAUCCCAGACGAAGGCCCUGCUGAGGCUCUUGGAGGAGGCGAGGACCUGCCUGCAGGAAUGAGUUUGCUUGUGAUCUGGCCCCACUGUACCUGCUUCAGCCUCUGGACAAGCCACCCUUUCCAAGCACCCUUUCCUUGCAUUUUUAUUGCUUUUCUCUUUGCCUAAAUUUCUCUCCUCCAUCCAGCAAACUCCUACUCAUCCUCCAAGGCCCAAAUCAGAUACAUUCUCCUGGUCAUUUCCCCUCUCUGCCACUUAGACAAAGAGAAUCCUCCUCCCACUGGACUCUCACAGUCCUUUGCGCAUUCAUUCAGCAUCUAUGUGCUGGGCUCUCCCACCGUUCACCCGGCAUUGUUCUAGGUGAUGGGGCUAGAGCAUGGCCAAGACAGAGUCCCCCCCAAGGCAGGAUUCAGUCUCAUUUUACUGUCUUUCCCAUCCCCAGCACUAUCUAGUCCUCUGUGUGUCACUGAAGGAAUAAAGGGAUGGGCCCUGGAAAGGGUGGGUCACAGCUGACCUUGGUAAAGCCUGAGUCAGGCCACAGAGCUGGGAGUCAGGCAUGUAGAGGAUACAGCCUCUAAGGCUCUGAGAGACGUAACAGCCUCCUGUCUUUCGGCGACCACACUCCUGGAACACGCAGUCAUGUGACCUGAUGCCAGGCUCUCCAGGGAAUCAGGAGGAAAAGCCCAGAUGCUCUUGACAAUACCGUGGUGCCUGCUGCCCUGUGGGCUCCCUAAUCCCUAGAGGGGCCUGUUCAGCAAAAGGAGCACAAGCAGGUGAGCCUGCAUCCUAGUCCUGACCAUGCACUGUGAGGCUGGGAACAACUCACCAGGCCGCCUCACCCAAAAAAUGCAGCUACGUUGGUCACGGGUUGAGGAUUCGUAAGAAAGCCAACAAUAGAAUUUGCUGAGUGCCCCAUGCAGAGCAACCAGACAAGGGGAUGAAGAGGGUGAGGAGGUUGGCUGCUGGGACCAGGGUCAUGACUGCAGGGACAAACCAGGGCCUCACCUUUCCAGGCCUCCAUCCUCCAGGUUUCGGAAUUCUGUAUUGGUCCAGGUGGAAAACUUCUCUAGAAUAUAGGCAGCCAGACCCACAGGAGAGUCAUUCAGAGCAGAGCCUGGCGGGGAGCGGGGAGCAAGGGAGAGACUCAGGCCUGGGGGCCAGAGAGCUGGAGCUUCAGGUGUGAUGUGUGGCACUGGCUGCAGAGGGCGGGGAUGUGGGCAGGAAGCCACGUUCGAGCACAGGCCUGCCUUAACUCCUGGGUGCUCACAUGCCUCGCUUCCUUAACUCUGCCUCGGCAUCCUCAUCUGAUAAACAGGGACGAUACCUUCCCACUCUCUCCCGGGGCCUCGCACACUGCCUGCUCAGCUUCCUUCAAACUGAAGGGCCUAUGCCUCUGCAUUUGGUGGGGUCCCAAUGAGAAGUGCUGUUUUUAAAAAGGCGGGGUUUUUCAGUCUAUGUGCUCUGAUUCAUGAAAAAUGAGAAGCCACCUAAAAAAGUCUAAAAUAGGGGAUCAGUUACAAAUAAAUAUUGAUAUACUCAUAAGGCAAAAUACUGCAGUCAUUAAAAAUGGCUGGAACAGGCUGGGGGCAUUGGCUCAUGCCUGUAAUCCCAGCCCUUUGGGAGGCCGAGGCAGGUGGAUCACCUGAGGUAAGGAGUUCAAGACUAUCCUGGCUAACAUGGUGAAACCCCAUCUCUAUUAAAAAUACAAAAAAAUUAGCUGGGCAUGGUGGUGCAUGCCUGUAAUCCCAGCUACUCAGGAGGCUGAGGCAGGAGAAUUGCUUGAACCCGGGAGGUGGAGGUUGCAGUGAGCUGAGAUCGUGCCACUGCACUCUAGCCUGGGCAACAGAGCAAGACUCCGUUUCAAAAAACAAAAAGGCUGGGACAGGCCGAGUGUGGUGGCUCACACCUGUAAUCCCAGCACUUUAGGAGGCCGAGGUGGGUGGAUCACCUGAGGUCAGGAGUUCAAGACCAGCCUGGCCAACACGGUAAAACCCCCGUCUCUACUAAAAAUACAAAACAUUAGCCGGGCAUGGUGGCGGGUGCCUAUAAUCCCAGCUACUUGGGAGGCUGAGGCAGGAGAAUUGCUGGAACCCGGGAGGCGGAGGUUGCAGUGAGCCGAGAUCGCACCACUGCACUCUAGCCUGGGCAACAGAGUGAGACUUGGUGUCGGGGGAAAAAAAAAAACAACAAAAAAAAAUGGAACAACGGCAUAGAUGAAUCUCACAAACAUAAUAUUGAGCAAAAGAAGCCAGACUCAAGGGUACAUACUCUGUGAUUCUAUUCAUAGAAGGACUUAAACAGGCACAACCAAAACCAUCUCAGUCAGAGGUCAGAGCGUGGUACCUGGGAGAGAACGCCGAGGGGCAUCUGGAGUGUUGGGGCCGUGUUGGUGAUAUGGACGUACUUCACUUGUGAAUAUUCUCACCAAAAUGUUCACAAGUUCUUUUGAAGGAGAGGGGAUGUGGGGAGGGAGAAGAGGUUAUACCAGAUUGUCUUUAAUGUUUUGUACUUUUUGCAUUUUUAAGCUUUUUGACAAUGAACAUGUACGUUAUAAUCAGAGAAAAAUGCUGAUUUUAUAAAGUGCCAAUAUUAUGAUUA